AUGGCAAUUAGAGAAAAAGAACAAAAAGGACGAAAAGGACAAGCAGGGCUCGUCGUCGGCGGGGCCCUGAGGGAGGCGGUGCUGCGCGCCAGACGCGCCGACAGCGCCACCGACGCCGUGCUCCUUGAGAUGGCCAAGGCCGACGAGGCCGGCGAGGACGUGCCCGCCUACCUGCUCGAGUUCCUGCAGACGCACCGCAACCGCCAGCACCUGGAGGACGACUUCAUCCUCGGCUACCACGACGACUACCGGGAGCGCUACGACGGCUUCGACCAGCCGCCUCCCUUCCGGCAGAAGGCCAAGCCCAAGGCCGCCGGCAAGGCCAGGGCCGUCAGCGACCUGGAGAUCUCCGAGGAGGAGGCCUUCUCCACCAGGGUGUUCGUGACGACGCCGCGGAGGCAGAGGUAGCGCCGCGCCCCCACCUGGCACUAGGCACGCCGCCACACUGGGAGAACGUCCCCGUUUUUCUGGCUGCGUUCGUGCGGCCGCUUCUUGCGCGGCCCCUCCAGUGCCAGAGUGAAGCGUGAGGACCGCCGUGCCGUUCCGUGUGACGUGCCGUGUGACGUGCAGUGCCGUGUGACGUGCAGUGCCGUGUGACGUGCAGUGCCGUGUGACGUGCAGUGCCGUGUGACGUGCAGUGCCGUGUGACGUGCAGUGCCGUGUGACGUGCAGUGCCGUGUGACGUGCAGUGCCGUGUGACGUGCAGUGCCGUGUGUCGUGCAGUGCCGUGUGACGUGCCGUGCCGUGCCGGACGGACGUUAGAAUCGAACACCAACUUGUUCCUUCCCGGUGUACCGGGUACACUGUACCGGGAUUCAAUGUGAUCGCUGCCUGUAAGCGAGUCCCCAGCUCAGUGGGCUAGAAGACCGGUGCAGGCGGCCAAAACUCU